AGUAACCAAACUGACCUCUAAUCUUUUCUUCACGUUCUCAAACCCUUCUGUUCUUUUCCAGUUGAAUCAGUCUCUGAUGUUUGCAGCAGAGAGACGUCAUGGCGACUACAGCAGCAGGGGGGUCCAGUCAGACAUUAACAGACACAGAUGGUCUGUUUCCUCUGAGGCGCAGUCGCAGCAUGGAAUGGUUACCACCUGACAUGUCUGAGCUGAGGAUGGUUCUGCUGGGGAACAACUGGUCUGAGAGGAGUUCAGUGGGGAACUUUAUACUCGGAGAGACUGAGUUCAACACUGAGGAAGAACCAGACGUCUGUUUGACGGUCAGAAGACAGAUACAGGGAAAAUACAUAGUUCUUAUCAACACUCCAGAUCUGCUCUGUCCCCACAUCUCUGAAGACAGACUGACAGAACAUGUGACUGACUGUGUGAGACUCUCUGAUCCUGGACCUCAUGUGUUCCUGCUGGUUCUACAGCCUGAAGACUUCAGUGAGGAACACAAACUGAGACUCUGCAGAGUCCUUAAACUCUUCAGUGAUCGAUCAUUUGAUCAUUCAAUGAUACUGAUAUCACCCAGAGAGCAGGGCUCUAAACAUACUCAGUAUUCCCCCCUUAAAGACAUGAUCAGAGAGUGUAGGGACAGAUGUGUGGAGUGGAUGAACCUUGAACUUCCAGAGCUGUUGACACGUUUGGGUCAAAUUGUGAAGGAGCAUGAUGGAGAGCAUGUCAGCUGCGAUGUGUUCAUGGAUCCAACGGGUGAAACACAAAGCACACAACAAGAGGAAACAAAGCCUGGCAGCCUGCAUGCUGUUACUUCUGCUGGUCUGUGUGCCAGUGAUGAUGGGGUGACACCUCCUCCUCCAGGAGAGAUGAGAAUUCUGCUGCUGGGUGAAAAUGAUGACUUUAAAACAAAGCUUGGUGCCUUGAUCACUCAAAAAGAAAAACAAUGGAAAAAGCCAUUUGCAGGCAAAGAAAGUGUGGAGACUGGAGAGUGGAGAGGAAAGCCUUUAAAAGUAGUAAAAACUGCAGAUGUUUUCAGUCUGCCUGUGAAGAAGCUCAGAGGACAGAUGAGGAACGCUGUGAGUCUUUGUCCUCCAGGACCAAAUGUCUUGCUGCUGUUAGUGAAUCCUUCAGAGUUCACUGAAGAGAACAGACAAAGACUGAAUUUCAUCCUCAGUUUUUUUGGUCAAGAUGCCUUCAAACACUCAGUGAUCAUCAGCACACAGGAGGACGGUCAACCAGACGACUCUUUAACACGUCUACUUAGAGACUGUGGAGACAGAAACUACAGCAUGGAUGAAAAUGACAUCCACUCAUUAAUGACGCAGAUUGAGAACCUUAUUAAUGAGAACAAAGGAGACUUCCUCACCCUCACUGAUCACUUGAUCACUCGGAAGUCUGACCACAUGAAACCAGCUUUAAACCUGGUCCUGUGUGGGAGGAGAGGAGCAGGGAAGACUUCAGCAGCAAAGGCCAUUUUAGGUCAGACAGGUCUUCAUUCAGCCUCCAGCUCAUCAGAGUGUGUUAAACAUCAGGGAGAGGUGUGUGGAUGUUGGCUUUCCCUGGUGGAGCUCCCUGCUCUGUCUGGAAUACCUCUGGAGACAGUGAUGAAGGAAUCGCUCAGGUGUGUCUCCCUCUGUGAUCCAGAGGGUGUCCAUGCCUUCAUCCUGGUCCUACCUGUGGGUUCCCUCACUGAAGAGGACAAGGGAGAGUCAAAGAUGAUCCAGGACACCUUCAGCUCUCAAGUCAAUGACUUCUCCAUGAUUCUGUUCACUGUAGAGUCAGAUCCUACAGCUCCAGCUGUUGUUAACUUUCUAAAGAAAAACAAUUCCAUUCAGGAGCUCCUUCAGAGCUGUGGAGGAAGAUCUUUUGUUCUCAACAUCAAGGACAAACAGCAGAUCCCAGAGCUGUUGGACAUGGUGGAAAAAACAAGACUUUACAAAGACAAACCCUGCAGCUACACAACAGAAACAUUUGCACAUGUCCAAAUGGAAAAGAUCAGCACAUUACAGGCUGAGCUAAAGGACAUGAAAACAAGAUGCCUGAUCAGCUGUGAUGAUGAGAAGCAGAGCCCCGAGUGUCUCAGGAUUGUGCUCAUUGGGAAGACCGGCUGUGGGAAGAGCUCUUCAGGAAACACCAUUCUAGGAAGAGAGGAGUUUAAAGCUGAACCAGGCCAAAAAUCAGUCUCUAAACACUGUCAGAAAGGAGAAGGUAAAGUGAAUGGCCGUCCUGUCACUGUGGUCGACACUCCUGGUCUGUUUGACGUGACUCUGUCUCAUGAAGAGGUUCAUGAAGAGAUGAUGAAAUGCAUCAGUCUUCUGGCUCCAGGUCCACAUGUCUUCCUGUUGGUGGUACAUAUCGGAAGAGUCACACCUGAGGAGAAGGAGACAUUAAAACUGAUCAAAGAAGGCUUUGGGAAAGAAGCUGAAAAGUUCACCAUCAUUCUUUUAACUGGAGGAGAUUCACUUAAAAAGGAGAAGCUGUCCAUUGAAGAAUACAUAAAAACAGAAUGUGAUGAUUCCUUUAAGAAACUGAUCUCUGACUGUGGAGGAAGAUACCAUGUGUUCAAUAACCGUGAGAAACAAAACAGAACUCAGGUCAGUGAGCUGAUGGCAAAGAUCGACACAAUGGUGAAGACAAAUGGAGGCCGCUGCUACACCAACGAGAUGCUGCGAGAAGCUGAACCUGCUAUAAAGAGCAAAAUGGAGAGACUCUUCAAGGAAAAGGAAGAGGAGAUGAAGAGAGAGAGGGAGGAACUUCAAAGAAAACGUAAAGAAAUGGUGGAAAUAAUGAAAAAGCAAGAAGAAGACAUGAUAAAAGAGAGAGAAAAGAGAGAAAGGGAACUUAAAGAACACGAGGAAAUCAAACACAAGGAACAAGAGGACAAAAUGAAAGAAAAGGAAAAGAGAGAUGAAGAAGACAGGAAAAGAAAACAGCAGGAAGAACUUCGACAACAGGAGUGGGAACAUAAACUUAAAGAUUUGGAGAGAAAGAUAAAGUUAGAAUCAGAGGAAAAAGAAAAUAUUUACAGACUGCUGGAGGAGAGCAGAGAAAAGAUGAGAGAAGAAAGAGAGAGUCGAGAGAAACAACAAAAUGAAUGGUGGGAAAAAAGAAAUCAAGAAGAGGAACAGAGGCGACAGGUGGAAAGAACAAGAUUCAGAAAACUCCAAGAAGAGUUUGAACAGGAAAGAGAAAUCUAUGAGAAGAAAAGAAAGGAAGUGGAUCAGAGAGGACAGGAAGAAGAGGAGCGGAUAAAGAAUGAACAGAGAGCAGAAAGUGAAAAGGAG